AUGGCGACCUCCCACUCCCCGAACAGCACCUUCUUCGACACCCUCAAGCGCUCCUUCACCUCCGUGCCCAUCGACAGCAACAACGACAAUGCCAUACCAACCUCCGAGUUUCUGGAAGCGGCCGAGUCGCUGACCGCGCUGUUCGACGUGCUGGGCUCGGUGGCCUUUACGCCUGUGAAAAACGACAUGUUAGGGAAUGUCAAGAAGAUCAGGGACAGGCAGCUCGCGGCGCCGGGGGAGAGCCAGACGCUGCAGGCGCUGGUGCGGAACGAGAUUAAGAGUAAGAAGCACACGGCUACAGAGGGCCUGGUGUGGUUGAAUCGCGGCCUCGACUUCACAGCCCAAGCCCUACGCCAAAAUCUCUCCAAGCCCACCGACGAGCUCUCCGCCUCCUUCCGCACCGCCUACGCCGCGACGCUCAAGCCGCAUCACUCCUUCAUGAUCAAGCCCAUCUUCAGCGCCGCUAUGAGCGCUACGCCGUACCGGAAGGACUUUUACGCUAAGCUGGGGAGCGACCAGCAGAAGGUCGAGAAGGAGCUCGAGGCGUGGUUGCAGGGGCUCGAGAAGUGUGUCGGGGUGUUGAAUGGAUUUUUGGCGAGGAAGGAGGCGAAGUGGUGA